AUGACGCAACCGUUCAAGUCCGUUCUUGAUGAUGUCAAUGACCUCAUCUGUGUCCAGUAUGUCCAGCUCCCCUUCAUCCCUACCAUCUACACGCUGGGUACGUUGGUUGGCAUCAUCGGCACCUCGGCCACAGCCGUCAUUUACGGAGAGCUGAUAUGGAACCCGCUGAACAUCUACAUCCGCUGGCUCGAGACGGACUCGAGCGGAGGGCGGGCAGGAGCAUUCUUCUGCGGCGUCGCAUGGGCUAUUUUGUAG